CGAGAUCCGACGGUCAAGAUAAUCUCAAGAGGGAGUGGCCUGAGAGUGUUCCGUAUCCUGCGGGCUGAAGGGUUAGCCAUACAUAGGUCUGCUCUUUCUUCUACAGAUCCAUUCCAUGGCGAUCGGCGCGACCACUAACGAAAGAAGGCUCCAUUGACUCAGCUAUGUUACGGUGUCCAUUCUCCUCAAGUGGUCAAAUUGUCUUCCAACGUUGAAUAAGUUCCCUACUACUUCCAAAGAUGGAUCAUCCAGAAAAUAUAGUAACACAACUUAUCCAUGAAGAGCACAGAUCAAAAUGGAUAGCACGUAGCAAUCAUAAUGUGAAAUGUUUUACAGAAGAUGAGAUAAAAAGAUUUACUGACAACUAUAAGACUUUACUCGGUAGAGGUGCCUUUGGAGAAGUUUAUCAAGGAGUCCUUGAGGACAAAAGUAUGAUUGCAGUCAAGAGGUUUAUCUACAAUGUAAGAGAAAGUUUUGCCAAAGAGUUGAUCGUCCACCGUGAAAUCAAUCACAAGAACGUAGUCAGAUUAAUUGGCUAUUGUGUAGAUGAAAGUGCCCUAAUGGUGGUCACGGAGUAUAUUCCUAAAGGAAAUCUGAGUAACAUCCUUCACCAGGAUAGUAUUCCCAUCACUUUGGAUACACGGCUAAGAAUUGCAAUUGAAUGUGCAAAAGCAUUGGACUAUAUGCAUUCACAAAUGUAUACUCAGAUCAUUCAUGGUGAUAUCAAGCCUGCUAAUAUACUUCUGGAUGAUGGACUCGGUGCAAAAAUAUCAGACUUUGGAAUAUCAAGACUAAUCAACACUGAAAAUACUCUAUAUACUCUAAAUGUGAUAGGAAGUAUAGGCUACAUGGACCCUCUGUUUGCUCAGAGUGGCCGCCUCACAGCAAAGAGUGAUGUUUACAGUUUUGGAGUUGUGCUCCUGGAACUGAUAACCAGAAAAAAAGCAAGAACAGAGGAUGGGGAGAUUGGCUUGGUUGAAAGUUUUAGUCAAUCUCUUUCAAAAGGGAUUAGGAGGGUGAGGGAGAUGUUUGAUUCUGAAAUUGCAACAUCGAGCGACAUGAAGACUAUUGAAGAGAUUGCUAAGUUGGCAGGUAAAUGCUUGAAGAUGGAACUUACCAAACGUCCUCACAUGUUAGAAGUUGCAGAACGUCUUCGCAAACUUAAGAAAGCUGCACGUCAGGUACAAGAAAGACCAACUCUGUUUUCUUGGAUAUGGAAAAAUAAACAAGCUCCAGCCAAAACACCACCACUAGAAAGCAGCAGCAGUAGCCAAAACGCGAGAACUGUAGCUCCAGCUGAAAAGAUGCCAUCACAAGAAAGCAGUGGCAGUACCCCCAAAACGGGAAUUGUGGCUGCACUCAAAGCGGCACUAUCACAGGUAAGCCAUGAUAGUACACAAAAUGUGGGAACUUCUAUCAUUGGGUCGACAAUGACAGGCCAAUUGUUCGACCUGAAAGACCUGCUUGGGGCAUCGACUGAAGUUCUGGGCAAGGGUACAAUCGGGACAACAUACAGAGCAACACUAGAUAGUGGAUAUGAGCUGGUGGUCAAGAGGCUGAAAGAUGUGGACUUGGAGGAGGCGGUCUUUAAGCGGCUUGUUACGCUGUUUGGUGCCAUCCAGAACAAACACAUAGUGCCACUUCUAUGGUAUUACUGCAGCAAGGAUGAGAAGUUGCUAGUGCAUAAUGUAGUCCCCAUGGGUAGCCUAGCAAAAGUACUCCACGGCGACCAAGGUUCUGGCCCAGCUCAACUGGACUGGGAGCAGCGGUUGGCUAUCUCACUAGCUGCUGCGCGUGGUGUGCAGGCUAUCCACUUAGCUGGGCCAUCAAGCUGCCAUGGCAACAUCAAGUCUUCCAACAUCCUGCUCACCGGAACUCACAACGCAUGUGUGUCGGAGCAUGGCCUGAUAACACUUGGUAUUUAUUACAAUGCCUCCGGCUACUGUGCACCCGAGGUCACCCGCAAUAGGUGGGUCUCCCAGAAAUCUGACGUCUACAGCUUCGGCAUCCUAUUGCUGGAGCUUCUCACCCGCAAGUCUCCACUGAGGAAGAGAUUUCAGGAUGACAAGGGAGUAGAUUUGCCACGGUGGGUGUGUUCCAUUAUACCUGAGGAGUGGACGGCGGAGGUAUUCGACGUGGAGCUCCUAGCAUGGGGGCAGAAGGAUGGGAAAGAGGAGUGCAUGGUGCGACUUAUGCAGCUCGGGCUAAAGUGUUGCAGUCAAGAUGCUGACUCGAGGCCUACAAUGUCUGAUGUCGUGCAGCGGAUUGAGGAGAUCGGACAGUCCUAAUUGCUGACAAAGAACCUCACACAUCAUAGUGAGUGAAAGUUGCCGGGUCACAGUUGCAUUCAAAUGUCAUAUAUUUUCAGUACCACCUUUCAACUGGUUAUCCCAGAGAACGAUAAAUAAAUUUUGACGAUGAAGUUAUCUCA